AGGGAACAUUUGUUCGGGACGGGGAGCUGCCGCGUCGACUGGCUUUAUGUCGUAACACUUUGUUCUCAUCAAUAAAUCGGAUUUAGACCGGGCCCGAGGCUUUUUUUCAUUUUAACCACGCGGCUUAAGGAACUGUUAAGUUGCAUUCGGUGAAGGUUCAGCAAAGUUUUGACGAACUGGAAGCGUUUUAAUGUGGAGUGAAAGAGACUCGGAACCAUUCAGGGGAUCUCUGCACUCUCGGUCUGGAUAAGCCAACUCACCAUCCCAGUUUCAGGCCAUUUACUGAUGGGUACAUACUGUGGGGUGACACGCCAAGAAAGCUGCAGUUUAUUGAGACAGGACAUGAACUGUAAAAGAAUAAAAGCAAGUUAGAUAUUGUCAUCUUCAUAAAACUUUUUUUUAAAUCUGCAAGCAAGCAACUGAGCACUUAAGCAGAAAAAAAUCGAAAAGUAAAAUAGCUAACUGAAGCUCGUCUUUUAAGAAAGCGCCUUUAAAAAACAAGUGAUCAGUAUGAGUGCUGAAGGAUAUCAGUACAGAGCUCUUUAUGAUUACAAAAAGGAGAGGGAGGAGGACAUAGACCUGCAUGUGGGGGAUAUUCUGUUGGUAAGCAAAGGUGCCCUGGUGGCCCACGGCUACACCGAUGGUCUGGAACAGCGACCCAAAGAAAUCGGCUGGCUACCAGGUUUUAACGAAACCACUCAGGAGAAAGGGGACUUCCCUGGGACAUAUGUCGAGUACGUUGGGAAGAAGUGGAUCUCUCCCCCUACACCUAAGCCAAGACCUCUCAGACCCUUACCUGUGGCUCCAGGCUCCUUCAAAGCAGAAACAGACUCAGACUCAGAUCAAGGCUUCUGUUUACCGGACUUGACCGAGCAGUUUUCCCUCCCAGAGACUGCUCCACCUUUGCUGUCCAAACUGCUGGAAGCCAUUGAAAGGAAAGGUCUGGACAACCCCACUUUAUAUCGAACAUUCACUGCUGGAGGUGGACUUGAAGUCAGACAAUAUUAUGAUUGUGAUCCUCCUGCAGCAGAUCUGGAUCAGCUGGAACUUCCAGUCCUGUGUGAUGGUCUGCGGAAGUACCUUCAGGAUCUGCCCCAGCCCAUCAUACCUGCUGCAGUCCAUGCUCAGAUGAUCCUCGCGGCCAAAGAGGUGGUGAACUCUGAGGAAUGUGCCCAGCUGCUGCGUCGCAUCGCCAGCUCCCCAAGCCUGCCGCCCCAAUACUGGUUGACUCUCCAGUGUCUGCUGAGGCAUUUUGCAAUAGUGUGCCAGAACGGGCCCAAGAACCUGCUCAGCGCCAGGUCUCUGGGCGAGAUCUUCAGCCCUGUGUUUUUCCGACAGCAGCCCACCAGCUGUGAACCCAGUCUGGAUGCUUUUAUCAAGAUCAUUGAGGUUCUGGUGACCAGCGAGUGGAGUGAGAGUCAAGUUGCCCCAGCUCUACCUCCAAAACCACCCAAGUCCACAUCUGUGACUAACAACGGUAUGAACAACAACAUGGCUCUGCAGGAUGCUGAGUGGUACUGGGGGGACAUCUCUCGGGAGGAAGUCAAUGAGAAACUGAGGGAUACUGCGGACGGUACGUUUUUGGUGCGAGACGCAUCCACGAAAAUGCACGGAGACUACACUCUGACUCUGAGGAAAGGAGGAAACAACAAGCUCAUCAAGAUAUUUCAUCGUGACGGGAAGUACGGCUUCUCAGACCCGCUGACCUUCAGCUCUGUUGUUGAGCUCAUCAACCACUAUCGCAACGAGUCGUUGGCUCAGUACAACCCGAAGCUCGAUGUCAAGCUGCUGUAUCCGGUCUCAAAGCACCAGCAGGAUCAGGUGGUAAAAGAGGACAACAUUGAAGCUGUUGGGAGGAAGCUGUGUGAGUACCACCAGCAGUACCAAGAGAAGAACAAAGAGUACGAUCGCCUCUAUGAAGAGUACACCAGAACGUCACAGGAAAUCCAAAUGAAACGUACGGCAAUAGAAGCUUUUAAUGAAACCAUAAAGAUUUUUGAGGAGCAGUGUCAAACACAAGAGCGGUACAGCAAGGAGUACAUUGAGAAAUUCAAAAGAGACGGAAACGACAAAGAGAUCCAGAGAAUCAUGGGAAACUACGAGAAGUUGAAGUCAAGGAUUAGUGAAAUAGUUGACAGCAAGCGUAGGCUGGAAGAAGACUUGAAGAAACAGGCAGCGGACUACAGAGAGAUUGACAAGAGGAUGAACAGCAUCAAGCCCGACCUGAUCCAGCUCCGCAAGACCAGAGACCAGUACCUCAUGUGGUUGACCCAGAAGGGAGUCAGACAGAAAAAGCUCAACGAGUGGCUGGGAAUCAAAAACGAGAGCACAGAAGAUCAGUACUCUAUGGUGGAUGACGAUGAAGACCUUCCUCAUCACGAUGAACGGACCUGGAGACUGGGCAACAUCAAUCGAGUUCAGGCCGAGGCGCUGCUUCAGGGGAAGAGAGACGGAACAUUCCUGGUUCGGGACAGCAGCAAAGCUGGCUGCUACGCCUGCAGCGUUGUUGUGGACGGCGAGGUGAAGCACUGCGUCAUUAACAAGACUCCCUCAGGCUACGGCUUCGCAGAACCAUACAACCUGUACAGCUCACUGAAAGAACUCGUACUUCACUACCAGCAUACAUCUUUAGUCCAGCACAAUGACUCACUGAAUGUGACGCUAGCGUACCCAGUUUAUGGCCAGCAGAGACGAUGAGGACCCGGAUGUUUCCACAGACACGAACUUUUAAAGCCACCCAGGAGACAUGGUGUGGACUCCAUGAUUGGAAACAAAGCGAUGCUCCGAUGACUGGCUUGGACUUUAAAGCCGGAGGAAAAGACUAACAAGCCUGAAACAUUUCAGUGACUUUGCCCGACCACAAACAUGAGGCGAGUCUGAAUGUAGAUUUCUUUUUGCUCUCCUCCCCGCCUGUGGGAGCACAGAAACGAGCGGAAACAGCUGAAGUCCCCGAGCUGAGGAGGACGUUUGAGGCCUUUUCCAUAUGGUGCUUGUUCUUUUUUGAAGCUUUACCAGCCAACAUGUCAAACUGCAGCAGAGGAAUUGUUCGAAUGGAACUGGACUCGCUGGCCACAACCUUUUUUUCUUUCUUUCUUUUUUUCACAUCAUCAGUGUGUGUUUUCUGUGUGACUGUCUAUGUGACCAAAACUCAUAGAAUCGAACAACUGUGUGACGUUGGAGGGCUGUGAAACACUUCUGCUUGUGUUAUCUCUUUGGUAGCCGACCAUGGAUCAGCUGAAAAUGUAGCAAAAUGGCACCUUUUUUUUUUAAAGUAAUACAAUAAAUUUUUUGUUUCUUUUCGGGGAAAAAAGAAAAACUCCUAAAAACUUGUUUUAGAAGAGCGGAGAGGAAAAAAAGUCUGCAUCCUGCCGUCUUUUGUUGAGCAUUACAGUGCACAAGCAAACUUGAUUUUAGCUGUAGGCAGGUGGAACUAUGAACGGACUUAUUGUUUCAUGUACAUAUGUGAAAUUGUACAAAGUCACGAAUCAAAGUGCACCGUACCAAAAAGGAUCAGUUCCUGUUUAGUUCUCUUCUGAUCUGCUAUGCAAUUUUUUCUCCAUUUGUACCUAAAAACCGUUUUACUCUGUUGCAACCCACAAUAUAAGCUUGUUUUAUUGCUUGAACAGUAUCUUUUCCUAUGUAAAUAUCCUAGAGGAUAUUUUGUGUCAAAAUGGCAAGAACGGUAAAAAAAAUGCUUGUGAUUUUUAAAGAUAACGAUAGAAACAUACACUUUAUUAUACAUUACUUUAACAGCUGGUAAAAGAUGGCAAAGAUGAGUAUUUUAUUAAUCUGUCCUUUAUUUUUGCUUCAAACUAAUGUUCCUCUCAGGCAGAGCCUUUUGAGUAUUUGAGCUGCUUCAGUGAAGAGUACGUUUUUUUUUUUUCCUCCGACAGAACGAAGCCGACAUGCAGAUCUUUGUUCGAACACUCAGAGCUGAUGGGAUUGUACGACCCAUAUCACCACCAAAACCGCAGGAAAGAUUUAUUUUCUUAUAAAAAUCUAUAAUAAAUAUGUUCCCAUAUGAGAAUAUAAGAUCAAUAUGCAUUUUACACUUCAUAUUUUUCUGUAUCAGAAAAUGUUUACAUGGGUGGAUCAGCUCAUUUCAGAAAAUGAUUUCAAAGGGUGAGAAGUCAUGUAGGCGAAGACCUUUGUAUGAAAACGCCACAAGCUCGGCUAGUUUCCUUCCACGUCUUUGGUUUAACAGAAUACAAAGUGGUACGUGAACAAACCCAGACUGACUUUUCUUUACCUCCGUCCUUCAAACAAGAAGCAUCGGAGGGAAUGUACAAACUGUCUAAGCAGCAUUUAAAUGAGACGUUUUUAAACACGGUACUGACGUUCAGUGGGGUUUCUUUAGACAUACUUGACCAAAUUGCUCAUCCAAGACUGAAAUAUUAGCACAUUUUCAGGAGCUGUCAUUUAUUCUGGGUUUUAUUGGUUCUAUCAAAGUAAUGCAUCACCUGUGAAAUUAUUAUUUUUUUAACUAGAAGUCUCAUUUUAUUUACCUCACAAUAAGCUGCUGGCACAAACCUUUUUGUUUAUCGUCUUUAUUUUUUAAAGAUCACAGGUAACGUGCAACGUUUUGCCUCAGUUUUGGGUUUUUAAUAAAUUUGUUCAAUGUUAUAAAAAAAUGUCCCACACGUGAUGAUUGGAUUGAGAUUUGCCAGUGUUCCCAAGUUUGGCUUCAAAUCUGUAUUGGGCUUUGUUAAAACAUAAAAUAAAACACUUCUUUUUAAA